AUGAAAUCGCCGUCUAUUACCUUGGAACCCUCUGUUACGACCCUGGGAAAAGUUAUAUCGCCUAGAGCAUCCUCCUUGCCUUCCAUCUCAGAAUUUUUUGUUGUUGUAGAAGUUGGCUCAAGAAUCAAGACCGCCAACACCAGAGAAAAUAGCCUUCAGGAACAACAAGUUAGUACCAAAGUCACCGAGGUCACUGAGGUUGAUGAGGUCACUGAUACCACUGGAGACUGUGAGAUUCCUCUUGAGGUAGAGAUGGAUAUUGUCUCAGAAACAAUGAAUACUUCAGCUCCUGUUGAUACUAAGGAGGUAGCAUCCUCUCCUAAUACGAAGCAGGUUAUCUCACUUGAUCGGCACUCGGGCUAUUUUAUGGUUCAUGUUUAUCAUGAAGACGAUGGAUCUUCCUCUGCUGAAGGGAGUGCGGGAAAGGAUUCAGAGUUACCUUUCUUCCCGGUCUCCAACAGGAAGGGUAGCGUAAGGUUACCAAAGCUUAAUACCAACAUGUAUAAUGUUUUUGCGUGA